CCUUUGCCACCCAAAAUGGCGUCGCUAGUGCUGAGAGGAGCCGUCCGCCUGUCGUCCGGGGCUCGACUGGGCCUCCUGCGCCCUUCUUGUGCCGCUCAGGACGCCGUUUCUCCUCUGAGAGGAUGUAACAGAACUCUAGCGUCCGGGGCCACGGAAAGAGUCACCCAUACAGGACAGGUUUACGAGGAGAAUGAUUACAGAAAAGUCCGCUUCAUAGACGCAAAGAAGGAGGUGAACCCCCACUUUGCCAUUGACCUGGUGGAUGAGGAGCCUCCUAUAGAAGUGGCCAGCAGUAUCGCCUGUUGUGAUGGAGGUGGAGGGGCCCUGGGACAUCCUAAAGUCUACAUCAACCUGGACCAGGAGGGACCACAUCCUUGUGGGUACUGCGGCCUACGUUUUGUCAAGAAGCACUGAUAAUAUAGAAUAUAUAUCACAGCUCUGUCUGUUGUUUUGUGUUUUUCUCAUUCAGAUACAAACUAUAGCAAGUAAGGAGUGAAAUGACAUAUUCACUGUAAAACUAUGGGGUCAUAUGGCAAGAAAUCAUCUGCAUUCUUAAACUUGUCUUAGCUAUGGAUAACUGAAUGAUUUGCUGUGCCCGCUACAUCAACUGUAAAAAUGUUGGCAAAGAGAUGUACAAAACAUCAGUUCAGACUAUAAAACUGGUACUUUAUUUUCUUGCUUCAGUACCUUGUAUACAUGUUUUGUUGAAUAAAAUUGCCAUAUAUGCUG